UCGACGAGCACUACGCGAACAACUGCAGUUCGCAAACAACGGUAUCUCACGCAAAGUCAAGGGCGAUCGAACGGAGUCGAAAAGCAAAGUUUGAACAGCAAAAUUCAUACACGCCAAUAAACGGACGAAUAUGCUGAAGAUCUUAAGACUCCAAAAGUGUUUCUCAAUCAGCGCCACAUACAGUGUGCGCGGCAUUGGCAAUGUGACGCUGAACCAAGAAUGGUACAAAGUUAAAAUGGCUAGCGUAUCAGAAAAUCUCAUGUCCCAAGUUGCCGAAGUUUUGCCUUCUGGCGGGCGUAAAGUGUCUAUUGUCGGCAUCGGUCAAGUCGGCAUGGCUUGCGCUUUCAGUAUUCUCGCACAGAAUGUGUCCAACGAAAUUUGCCUCGUUGAUGUGUGCCAAGAUAAGUUGCAAGGUGAAAUGAUGGAUUUGCAGCAUGGUUCGAAUUUCCUGAAGAACCCCAAAAUCACCGCCAGCACUGAGUACGAAGCGACCGCUGGCUCGCGUCUGUGCAUCGUCACAGCUGGCGUGCGCCAGAAGGAGGGUGAAUCUCGUUUGUCGUUGGUGCAGCGCAACACCGACAUUCUCAAGCACAUCAUUCCAAAGUUGGUGAAAUACUCACCCGACACUAUUUUGUUGAUGGUCUCAAAUCCUGUUGAUAUUAUGACUUAUGUCGCCUGGAAGCUGUCCGGUUUGCCAAAGAAUCGUGUCAUUGGCAGUGGUACCAAUUUGGAUUCGUCACGUUUCCGUUUCUUGAUGUCACAACGUUUGGGUGUGGCGCCCACCUCUUGCCACGGCUGGAUCAUUGGUGAGCAUGGUGAUAGCUCAGUGCCCGUAUGGUCGGGUGUGAAUAUUGCCGGUGUGCGUUUGCGUGAAUUGAACCCCAACAUUGGCACCACUGAAGAUCCCGAGAACUGGGAGGAGGUACACAAGAAGGUCGUCGAUUCCGCCUACGAAGUGAUCAAGCUAAAGGGCUACACCUCAUGGGCUAUUGGCCUGAGCUCGGCUGCACUCGCUUCGGCCAUUUUGAGCAACACCAGCAACAUUGUUGCGGUCUCCACUUCUGUACAGGGACAACACGGUAUUGACAAGGAUGUCUUCUUGUCGUUGCCAUGUGUGUUGAACGCCAACGGCAUCACCUCGAUCGUCAAGCAGAUACUCACAACCACCGAAGUGGAGCAAUUGCAGAAAUCGGCCAACAUUAUGGAUCAAGUACAGGCUGGCAUUAAGUUCUAAAGCGUUUGGUUGAAAUAAAAUGUGUAUGGAAACCUGCUAGAAGCUAUAUAAGAUCAGGAGAAUGUUAUGUGUAAAAUAAGUGUUUGUUUCGAAGAACUUACCAUAGUAUUUAUUGACUUAAUUUAAAUGUUUAAACAGAAAAUCUCCGCGCUACACUUUUAUAGCCAAAGUCAAGUUGUAUUAAUUUAGGUCAUACAUACAUAUUUACGUACGUUUAAUUUAUGUGUUUAAUUUUACUUUUUUAUUUUUAAUGUUCCUAGUCUAAAAAAGCAACAACACAAAAUAAAAGAAAAACAUUUUAGUUUAGUAAAAACAUAA